AAUGGAGCAAAUGAUCGGAAGCAAAAUUCUAGUUACCCAACAACUAUGCCAAUGAAGCAAUGCUCAUGAACCGACUUUAACGGCGACAGCACUCAUCGUCGCUCUCUGUAUUUCCGAUGGAUUCAUCAUCUUCAGGAAAAUCAUCGAAUCGCCGGAGUCGCGAGAAAUUUCUCCGUGAAGUAAUUUCGCCGGCGAUCAAGGGGCAAACAUGUCCAAUAUGCUUGAUAAUCCUCGACGACCGUCGGGCUGCGGUGCUAACGGUUUGCGCCCACGCCUACUGCUUGAACUGCAUUCGAAAGUGGAGCGAUUUCAAGAGGAAGUGUCCCCUUUGCAACGCAAGCUUCGAUUCUUGGUUCUGCAAAAUCAGUCUCUCAUCUCGGAGGUUCCUCAGGCAGCAACUACCAGCUCUCGUCGGGGAUAAAUCGGUCGUCGAACGAGAUCACUUUACGACAGCAAAUCGUCGACGGAUUAUUCAAAGAACAAGGGAAGAGUUGACCAGUGUUAGCCGGAGAACAAGGCCUCUGCCUUGGCAGCGAUCAUUUGGAAGGCCUGGAUCUGUACCUUCUCAUGUUAUCGCUGAAAGAAAGCUUCAAUGGCGAGCCAGUGUAUAUCACCAGCGGCUGCAAGCUGUACCUUCACCUGCUUGGAGUUCUUCUCAGCAGAAUGCAUCACAGAAUAAUUAUACAAAAGAGAAAACAGUGCAGAAAGUAGAGCCAUGGAUCCUUAGGGAACUUGAGGCAAUUCUUGGGGACCCCAAUCCAUCCAUUAUUGUUCACGUGGCCACCUCACUUUUUGUUGCCAGCCUUGAAGGAAAAUAUAACAUUGCGUCAGCAGAAGUAGGCAGUGGAGAUGACUUCCUGGCCCCUUUGAGACCUUUCUUGCAGAAUUGGACUGAAAUGUUCUGGCAUGAACUAAGAUGUUUUGCAGAGAGUCAAUUCAACAUGGAGACAUAUGAUGUGGUCAUUAGAUAUGAAAGGCUUGCUUAGAUGUUACAGGGAAGAUUCUCAUCAUCGCUCCUGUGAGAGAUGCCUCAUUGUAGGAAUGACCACUGAAUGUUCCUUAUUAAGCAAAGCCAUGCCCAUGAGUGGAUUCUUCAUACAAGCCAAGAAUCAUUCUGGAAUACAAACUGAGCUCUCCUCUCUCACUGUGCUAUAAUGACAAAGUGGUGCCAGAAAGUUUGAGGAAAAGGUGCAGCUUCCUUUUUGCGAGUUUGGAAGGGAUGGUCAGCCGGAGAGUAGGUUGUUUUCGGCACAGUGCGUUACAAAUUUGAUCAACUUACUUGGAACUCGAGGUUCCUCAGUUUUUUCUUGGUUUCAUCAUCAAUGGCAUAUACGUUUGUUUUUUUGUUUUGUUCUUUUUUUUAUUUUUUCAGUACAUCUGAGCGCAGGUAACUUGACGGUGUGGAGAUGACCUCAAUUUCAAAUCAAGUUAGUGAGCAACUCAACUAGACUCUUAUUGAUGGCACAUACUUUCUGCGGGUAAAAGCCAAGAUCUAGGCCAAUGUGGUGAGAUCUGCCAAGUACUCACGUCACAAGCACCAUUGCACUGUUUUUCUCUCUAUGACUCUCUAUCCUUGAUGUAAAGUGAUACUUUUACCAAUUAAUAACUAUACAAGCAAUUC